AUGCCCUGGGCCUCCACAGCAGACGAUCUAAAUUCGGUAGCCAGCCCCAUAAUGCCCUGGGCCUCCACCGCAGACCAUCUAAAUUCGGUAGCUAGCCCCAUAAUGCCCUCGGCCUCCACAGCAGAAGAUCUAAAUUCGGUAGCCAGCCCCAUAAUGCCCUGGGCCUCCACCGCAGACCAUCUAAAUUCGGUAGCUAGCCCCAUAAUGCCCUCGGCCUCCACAGCAGAAGAUCUAAAUUCGGUAGCCAGCCCCAUAAUGCCCUGGGCCUCCACCGCAGACCAUCUAAAUUCGGUAGCUAGCCCCAUAAUGCCCUCGGCCUCCACAGCAGAAGAUCUAAAUUCGGUAGCCAGCCCCAUAAUGCCCUGGGCCUCCACCGCAGACCAUCUAAAUUCGGUAGCUAGCCCCAUAAUGCCCUCGGCCUCCACAGCAGAAGAUCUAAAUUCGGUAGCCAGCCCCAUAAUGCCCUGGGCCUCCACCGCAGACCAUCUAAAUUCGGUAGCUAGCCCCAUAAUGCCCUCGGCCUCCACAGCAGAAGAUCUAAAUUCGGUAGCCAGCCCCAUAAUGCCCUGGGCCUCCACCGCAGACCAUCUAAAUUCGGUAGCUAGCCCCAUAAUGCCCUCGGCCUCCACAGCAGAAGAUCUAAAUUCGGUAGCCAGCCCCAUAAUGCCCUGGGCCUCCACCGCAGACCAUCUAAAUUCGGUAGCUAGCCCCAUAAUGCCCUCGGCCUCCACAGCAGAAGAUCUAAAUUCGGUAGCCAGCCCCAUAAUGCCCUGGGCCUCCACCGCAGACCAUCUAAAUUCGGUAGCUAGCCCCAUAAUGCCCUCGGCCUCCACAGCAGAAGAUCUAAAUUCGGUAGCCAGCCCCAUAAUGCCCUGGGCCUCCACCGCAGACCAUCUAAAUUCGGUAGCUAGCCCCAUAAUGCCCUCGGCCUCCACAGCAGAAGAUCUAAAUUCGGUAGCCAGCCCCAUAAUGCCCUGGGCCUCCACCGCAGACCAUCUAAAUUCGGUAGCUAGCCCCAUAAUGCCCUCGGCCUCCACAGCAGAAGAUCUAAAUUCGGUAGCCAGCCCCAUAAUGCCCUGGGCCUCCACCGCAGACCAUCUAAAUUCGGUAGCUAGCCCCAUAAUGCCCUCGGCCUCCACAGCAGAAGAUCUAAAUUCGGUAGCCAGCCCCAUAAUGCCCUGGGCCUCCACCGCAGACCAUCUAAAUUCGGUAGCUAGCCCCAUAAUGCCCUCGGCCUCCACAGCAGAAGAUCUAAAUUCGGUAGCCAGCCCCAUAAUGCCCUGGGCCUCCACCGCAGACCAUCUAAAUUCGGUAGCUAGCCCCAUAAUGCCCUCGGCCUCCACAGCAGAAGAUCUAAAUUCGGUAGCCAGCCCCAUAAUGCCCUGGGCCUCCACCGCAGACCAUCUAAAUUCGGUAGCUAGCCCCAUAAUGCCCUCGGCCUCCACAGCAGAAGAUCUAAAUUCGGUAGCCAGCCCCAUAAUGCCCUGGGCCUCCACCGCAGACCAUCUAAAUUCGGUAGCUAGCCCCAUAAUGCCCUCGGCCUCCACAGCAGAAGAUCUAAAUUCGGUAGCCAGCCCCAUAAUGCCCUGGGCCUCCACCGCAGACCAUCUAAAUUCGGUAGCUAGCCCCAUAAUGCCCUCGGCCUCCACAGCAGAAGAUCUAAAUUCGGUAGCCAGCCCCAUAAUGCCCUGGGCCUCCACCGCAGACCAUCUAAAUUCGGUAGCUAGCCCCAUAAUGCCCUCGGCCUCCACAGCAGAAGAUCUAAAUUCGGUAGCCAGCCCCAUAAUGCCCUGGGCCUCCACCGCAGACCAUCUAAAUUCGGUAGCUAGCCCCAUAAUGCCCUCGGCCUCCACAGCAGAAGAUCUAAAUUCCGUAGCCAGCCCCAUAAUGCCCUGGGCCUCCACAGCAGGCAAGCUUGGACCCUGGUAG